AGCUCUGGAAGACAAAAACAUUGGCCCACUCAUCAAAAUUAUAAUGAUCUGCUACAUUCAAAAAGGCAGAGGUGGGGGACCUGGGCACCACUGACAGAGGCAAUGACCUGCAGAUUGAGACAUAUGUGGAGAAGAUGUUGAUGACAGAGACCCAGCUGGAGCCCUGAUUUCUAAACAAGAUGCAUUCACUGCUCGACCUUGGGAAAACAGGUUUUUGGAAUGUGCCUUACAUUUUGAUUCAUUUACAAGGGUCAGCAUUUUGUUUUACACUCAUAUUCAUAGUUUAUUUCUACAUGCCGUGCGUAGUAACAUUGUGGUGAGAGGAUGAGAAUCCUGCCUAUUAAUGAGGAGUGGAUCUCAGUCAAAACAAGGUUUCCUAAUUGUCACGCCAACUUUGUUCCACAAAUUCAUAUUUGUUUAUGUUGUUGGAAUCAAAUUUAUCCUUGCUUCUAUCCUGACAGGUUUGCUAAUGAUGCACUGAAAAGGCAGAAGCUUAUUCAGCCAAUGAAACAUUUUUCUGGGCAAUUGGUUUCCACAACCUGGGAAGAUGAUUCAAGUUGCUGGAGCAACAUGUAAGGAGUUGUGGGAAGUGAUGUGGCUGCUGUUGCUGGAGGGAUGGUGGAUGCAGAGACUCUCAUUUCCUGAAAGACAUGCUGAACUGUUUGAAUAGCGACAUCCUGUGCAGUGAGGAGGCAUUCCUCACAGCUGGAGCUGGGUCUUGGUUAAAGCAAAGCAUCCUGUUGUUGUUGCCAUUGUGAGCAGUUGCCCACACAGAGUGGAUGGGGCCAAAAUGAUUGUUUCUAACCCUCUUGUCAGCAGUGGAGUGGAGGAAACCUAGAAGGUUCUCUGUGUGCUAUACAGGUCAGAAUUAAGGCAAACCUGCCUAACAGGCCAGAGCUCAGGAGGGACUUUUCUGCAAUACACAAUAGACAUGUAUGUACAAGCCAGGAGUGGACAGUAUCAGGAAGAAUCCACUCAACGUACUAUUCCUACUUGGAGCUGAUGCAGGCUGCAUAACUCGCCAUGACCUCCCUGAGGAUAGUUUCAUAAUUUAUCAAGGUCAGCUGUCUUACUGCACAGCAACUGCAUAGCACAUCAUAUUUACAUUUAAUUAUGUAUAGCUUCUCAAAGAAACAGACUUAAUUCCUGACAGUACAAUAUUUACAGAAAAUUGACAAAGAAAAGCUUAUAGCAAAUGAGUAAAGUGAAUCAAUAAAUGGAGCGGCUUCCAUACAGUGCACACUUUUUUUGUAAGCACACAAGGGUUUACCAAAAACUUUGAAAAGUUAUUGCAACAGAUGGUGACAUCUAGCCUCUCUUUUAGAAAAUGAAGCAGGGCUUUUAUGUGACAAGUAAGUUACUACUACUCAAAUCAAAACCAUCCAGGAAAAAACAGCAGUGAUUUAUAAAUUCCCUCACUGUUUUGGGGUACAGCCUCAAAUCCAUCUCUGCAUGCUGAGGAAACUUUUGAAAAUCAUUGAGCUGUGUUUACUGGUGUAUAUCAAUAUUACAAUUUAAUAUUACAUGGGCAAGCACAUUGUCAUGGUGUGCAAUAUAAGACAAGUUUAUAUUUGCCAUGGACAGUAGUUGAUGUGUAAAGUUUAGAACCACCAUAUUUUAAGAAUUAAGCUCUCAGGUUGAAAUGGGGAUAUAUUUCAUAACUGAGAAAUGUUUCGACAUCUAGUGUUUUUUUAUACAGUGGUUGGAGAAAAAAAAGGGAAAUAAUUAGCAUACUGUCCCAAAUAUUAUUAUAUUAGUAUUUGGAAGCUAAUACAAUGCUUAACAUGCAAAGCUUUUCUUUAAAUAAACUUUCAGUUGUUCAAGUUUGCAAAGUUUUAUGUCUGAACUUAAAAUUUACUAACCUUCACCCACAGAUCCAAGAAGCAGCUUGUGCCAGACGAUGGACAAGUGUGUGAAAGCUGUCACACAGGGAGCACAACCUGAUGACGAGCCAGCCAUAUGCAAAUUCAUAUCUUCAUAAUCGUUUUUGAUUAUUUUUUAUUUGCACUUAUGUGUAACUAUAGUAGAUGUUUUAAUUGCAGUGAAUAUUUAAGCUUAUGUCCCUACAAAGGUAAAUGUAGUGUCAUGUCUUCCUGUAAUAUUGCCAGUUUUUAUAUUAUAUUUUUCUAGAGGUGCAUUCACAGUAUUGAAAGUUUAUCUACUUAUUGUGAUAUUUACUGAAUCAAUUAUCUGUAUUAAACUUAUUAAUCUUGGCACUUACCCUGGUUAGGUCGGUGCUAAUAUUUAAAGUAUUAUCAUCAUAAACUGCUGACAGUUUUCUGUUUUAGUGUUUGUCCACCUAUCCCACUUGUCUUGAGAAGUCUCGAGCUCCGGUAUCUGAUUGGCACGUGGUCCAUCAUCAGUGAACAGCGGCAACUGUGGCAGCAGAGCUGAUAAGUCAUUCAUAUGGAGGAUGAUAGCCGUGGUCCAGGUGGAUUUUACACUGCAACACUUCACUGGACUUCCCGGUUUAAGGGCUCACCUCAGCUUUUUAAAAAUGUGCCACAUAUAAACGGCAUAUACACUGCAGUUCCUUGCAUAAAUCGAUUAAAAUGACACUUGCACGAUGUAGAGGUUUUUAUAACAAACUUGAAUUUCCAAUAUGGUAGGAGAGGUUGUUGUUGUUGAACGGACUGAUGUCAUGUCCCCGCAGUGCCUGUAGUGGUGCUGUGAGGAGUCUGCUGUGGAUCCAUCAAAAAUCCUCAGCAGCCAACCUACUGCUUGUAAUUUGCUCUGGAUAGCCUUUAUUUACAUGCAUUCUUAUUUCGAGAUAUAUCGAGCUCGAUGAAGACAGCUCUUACGAUCCUAUCUCGAAUAUCGAUGCGCAAAUAGCUUAGCUGAUUCUAAUAGACAUUUCGGCCGUCUAUCUGGAGCGAAUACCUUACACAGCCCAUACCAGUUCAAGGUAAGCGAAAGCGUAUAAAGCCUCGUCCUCGAUUUCUGUGUGUACUGUUUCACACAGGCGUCAGCGGGUGAGGGCUCCUACUGGAUGUCGCUGCGCUGUUGAAGCUAAAGGCCUCUUAUUUAUGACUCAUUCUUAUGUAACUUGUGAUCUGACCGAAUGAAUUUUUGACUUGGCAAAUAUGUUAAGUCUCGCUAUAUUGACGUUUUUUUAAGUCUUACUGCCUUCUGGUGUCACAGUAUGUGGCUAUAAUUAAUAGCGAUUAUGACCGAGGCCUUUGAUAACAGGCCUGAAGCCUCUCAUGUUGAGCCUUUGUUAGGAAGCAUUUUGCUAUAAAUAUAUCAUGUUGUAUUGACUGAAGUCAUACGACUGGGAAGUAUUAUUUAGUUAAUAUAUUUUUUGUCUGCGCUUACAUUCGCAAAUAAAACUACACUGAAAAUAGACCUUUACGGUAUCAUAAUUUGCGCAUGUUUCCGUUUCCUGGUUAGCUACCGCCUACUAAUUUAUGUUUUUAGCUUCGAUAGCGUGUUAGCUAACGUGGAUUAUUUGACUUCUCGUGUCUGCUGGGUGUCGCGAAUGACUUAUUUGUCACGCUUAACUCGUUUAUGCGAUGAUACAGUGAUGUGUGUUGCAUACAGAUAUGAUUAUUACUUAAUAUUUAAAAGUUUUACCAUAUCUACGUCGGCUGCAAGCUAAUGCUGACAGGCUAGCCUCACGUACUCAAAUGGUAGUUGUGCUAGCGGGUGUUUGUCACCGUUUGUUGCCUGUCCGGUUCUCUGACUUAAUUUUUUUUCUAAAAUUGACUUGGCGGCUGUAAAUUAUGGUGGUAAAUAUGACUGUGCGUGCAUGUCAGGGCCGAUGCUUAAUCGGCAUCAACCUGAAGAUUCACAAUUAAUGCGAGAACUAAAGCUACUCGUGACGCUAGGCAGCUAAAGCUACAAUUAUCUUCUGUGUUUUUGUGUUUUGCCAGUGUCAGUCUUUUUAUUUAAAUAUUAUGUUAGGAAACAAGGCUGGGCGCCUUAUUCGGUUGAAGAAUACUUUUCAAAAGAGGUUUGGAAUUAUGUGUACACACUAGUAAGUUACUUUUCUUUAACGCUGUCCGACAUAUCGCUGUCAUUCAGUAUAUCAUUUUACCAUCAUAAUGUUUUAUAGGUGCCAGCUGUACUGAGAAACUUUUGAACUUCGGAGUACAAUGACAUCUCUCUCAGUUGUUCCCCAAAAGAGUGACUGAAAGCACCCAGUUGGUGUAAAGAAGCAAAGCUUGCCAAGUCUAAUGUCUUCAAAAAUGAUCUGUAAGGAUUUUUGAAUUGUCUUUAUUUUUCACAAUAUUUACUUAUCAAGAAGUCAGCUAAAAGUUUUGACUUAAAUAUUAUCCCUCAAUUUAGAUUGAUAUUCAUUGAUCUCACACUGGUGAAAUACAAAAAAGGUCACAGGUAGAUAGGUGACAAAUACAAUAAGCAAAAAAAAACCAUCAAAUUGAGAAGAUAUAACUACAAAAAUUGAAAGUCAUCGUAAAAUAGCUAUGCCACCCAACCCCAUGUGUGUACACACGGCCCACCUCUUAAGUAUGAAGUGUAAGUAAUGUAAUUCCUGGUUUUUCCUGACUUUAUCCCAUCAGCUGAUGUUGUCUAGGACAAGAGUCACGUGAUGUAUGAAGGCAAACACAUACACUUCUCAGAGGUGGACAAUAAGCCGUUGUGCUCAUACAGCCCAAAGCUCUGCAAGCAGCGCAGACUUAAUGGCUAUGCUUUCUGUAUCCGGCACGUUCUGGAGGACAAGACAGCCCCCUUCAAGCAAUGCGAAUAUGUGGCUAAGUACAACAGCCAGAGAUGUACCAACCCCAUCCCCAAGUCUGAGGACCGCAGGUACUGUAACAGCCACCUUCAGGUCCUCGGCUUUAUCCCCAAAAAGGAACGAAAAAAGAAGCAUGAUGCAUUGGAGGAAAUGCGCUCACGGGCUCACCUGGAGUCAGUGGCACUUAACAUAACUGUUCCCUCUUUAGCUCUGAAAGCUCCCAAUGGUCUUGAUGAACUUCCACCAUCUCCCCCUUGUACUCGUCUGUUACCCCUCCCUGAUGGGGAACUCCCAGACCCUUUUGCCUUUUACGAGGACGACACUGAUGGGGAGGAGGUGGUUACUCCUCGGAAGGGUAACUCCAUCAAGAAGAAAAUACAGAGCCGGCUGGUGCUCAACCAGAAACUCUGCCAUAAUACGGACCUCUUUCAGCCACCUUCUGAGCACUUUAGCCCCUCCCCUGUCCCCCGUGUCCACCCCUCCUCACCUCUCAACACUCAUCUCCCACGGCAGCAGUCAGGUAUUCUUCACCCACCCCAGCACUCCAAUGUGACUUCCUUCAUCUUCCCAGGACAGCAGCAGGGUUUAUUAUGCAAUCCACCACCACCUCAGUCAGUCAACUUUCUGCCUCCAGGGAUGCCCGCUAAUGCAGCACCCAGUCCAGUGCAACCUUCUGGGCCAUCACUGAGCAGGAAAAUGCCUUUCACUGCUACUCACUUGCCCGUCCGUUGCAAGGACAGUGUCGGUAACAGUCAGCGGCAAGUGGUUGUCAUGCGUCCAACUACCUUCUCACCUUCUGCCAGCUGUUUAGCCAGGUUGCAACAUCUGGUGCAGCUCUGUGCCAAGAGACAUCGGGAAUAUGGAGACCUCUUUCCACAUCUAGGUUUGGACUGGUCAGAAGACAGUGCUGAUGAUGAUGGUGUUGAUGAAGAAGAGGCACAGAAAUGUAUGCCUUUUCAGACCUCUUGGAAACCACAGAAUGGGUUGGAAGGCGACUGUAGUUCCUCACGGAGAAUGCGUUUACUGAGGCUUUGCUCAUACCUCCGGGAGAAAUACAAGCACAUGUGUAGACAGGAGAGGGCGAUUAUCCGACAAAAACGAUAUGGUUAUGCCUUCCGCAAAGCUUUGCUACAUGCUGCUGGUAACAACCCAGACUGUGCUGGCCAGCUCAUCCAGGAUUUUGGUGGUGCCUCUCGAAGCUCCACAAGUGUUGCUCCAGUAAAGCAGGAGAACACAGAAACGGGGACCUGCACAGGCAGCACUAAGGGCCAGGCCUGCAGCAACAGAGCUCUGCCUUUUACUCAACACUGCUUUCAGCACAUUCUAUUGAAUCGUUCCCAGCAGCUCUUUGCUAGUUGCACAGCCAAAUUUGCAGAUGGUCAGCAGUGCUCCAUCCCUGUGUUUGAUAUCACGCAUCAGACACCCCUCUGUGAAGAGCAUGCCAAAAAGAUGGAUAACUUCCUACGUGGGGACGGAAACCGACGUGUGCAGCACCAGCAACAGCGAAAGCCGCGUAAAAAGACCAAACCACCGGCACUCACCAAAAAACACAAGAAGAAGAGGAGGAGAGGGCCACGACGGCCUCAGAAACCCAUCCCUCCGGCGCUGCCACAGGGGAACCUGGGAAUGCCUUCUAUAAGCCUAACGAUGCCCUCACAGGCCAGCAUUAGGAGCCCUUCAACUCCAGACCUGAGUACCGAAGAGCUUCCUGAUGACAUCACCAACGAAAUGGCAGACAUUCCAAAUGACCUUGAGCUAAACCAGGAGGAUUUCUCUGAUGUGUUACCCAGACUACCCGAUGACCUGCAGGACUUUGACUUGUUUGAAGGUAAGAACGGCGAUCUUCUGCCCACCACAGAAGAGGCUGAGGAGCUAGUGCGAGCACUGCAGGCAAUGGGGUCCUACCCAGACUCUUUAGUGUGCCUGACCUCAAUGGCAGACCUGGCCCCAUCUGAAGGCGUGGACCACCGAGCAUUGACUGUGUUCUCUGGUCCAGUUCAGCCGGGGACUAUGGGGGAUCUGCUCAGCAGCCGCAUCCCGACAGAGAAUUAUACUAGUCUGGAGCUAGAGGACAACAUACUGCAGUCCGGUGGGGGACACUUUCCCCCCUCGCCUCCAUCUCAGCCCACAAAUCAGCCCCUGACGUCAUCCUCUUCUCCAGUAGCCUCCUCCACCACAUCACUGCUCACUCAGACCUCCAUUACAGAGCGAACGUUUUCUCGGACACACACAUCCCUUGUCAUGGCCAAGUCGGAUGCACCCACAUCAUCUCCUCAAGGCAGCCACUACAGCAGUGAGCAUGUUCCAUCCCCAUACAGUGACCACAUAUCUUCUCCCCAUGCCAGCUCCUUCCAGACUGACACCCCUCUGCUGCUGGAAGUCCCUCUCAGUGGAGUACCAGGAGCCCCACGCUCAUCAUGGAAUAAUCUCACUCUUCCCCUCACCGACCCCACACAGUUUGGCAAUCUCAUAGGAGCAGAAAGUCAUCUCAUAUCCACCUCUCUAUCCACUCCCCCAGCCACCACCACACAUUCUGUGACGCUGCAGCCCAUGGCUGCCCUCUCAGCAAUGCCUCAGAGCGGCAUGACAGGUUUAACAACUCCCCCCGCCCCCUCGUCCUCCCUCCCCUCAUCCUCUCACGAUCUUCUGAACUCCACACAGCCCAAGCAACAGCUCCCUCAAUUCAGUGCGGCCUUUGGCCAUCAGUUGGCCUCCCACAGUGGCAUUCCGAAAGACGUUCAACCUAGCCACAGCUCCACAGCGCCUCCUGCUGGCUUUUCCGUAGUUAGUGCCACUGCUGCAAGUGCCAACAGCGCCACACCACCGUUCACGCAGAGCAAAUGAGGGCAGGGCGGCCUGCAGCUGCUUAACGAUGGCCUGUGGACUCGAUCCUACUACCACCGUCGACUGGCUUCAAAACGACCAACCUUCGUCACCUGCAACACGUGUGCAAUGUGGUUAAAGUGCACUAUUUGACAAAAGAAUUUGCACAACCUCAGAUUUCCCUCUAAUUUAAUUAGUUUGCUCUGUAGCCAGGCCACCUCUGGGGUUUGAAGUAGGUGCGAGUCCACACGUUUGAUGCCUUGUGGUCUCGUCAGCGGGAGUUUAGAGUCGGACGUCGCAGAUCUUGUGCUGAAAUAAACGGGUGGAAAUUGGCAGAAUGUUUGAAGAGAUUAUCUGUGUCACAGUGCUGUCAGUCAGUUUAGUUUGCUUUGCCAGUCAAAAGUCCUUAAAAUGAUCAACUGUGCCCUGCCUUGCUCAGAUGGCCAUUGCAUUUUUUUUUUUUUUCCACCUUUUCCAUACACUGCUUCUGUCUCCCCAACCCCCCCGAAAUCAAACAGAAUUUGUGAUAUUUGUGACCUAUUAUGUUUCAAGCUAUGUAACUGUUAUGAUAUAGAAUCUUACGGAGUCAGAUAUCACAGUCAUGAAUUUACCAAAAAUACUUUUAAACAGCUGUUUUUAUAUUGUGUAUAAUAUAUGUGCUAAUUUAAAUGUUUGCUCAGACAUCAAAAUCUCUGACCUCACCGUUGGUUGUGGGUCUUUGAGUGGCCUAGUAGACACUUGAAGAUAAACAUAGUUUCUUAAAGCAAUAAUCACAUUAACUCUAGCAUUGUAAGAUAUUUUAUUGGUCUCAUUUGGUCUCACUCUUUCAUGUAGCGUCACUUGUUGAAUCUGGGAUUCGUUCAGUAUAUUUUCCAUGCUCAUACAGUUUAACUCAAAACGAGAGAAUAUACAAACUCAUGAUCAGGUCAGUCGAACUCGUUUGAAAUCAAGUGGAGUCGUGAGGCCAAUAAACAACAUUCAGUGUUAUAGAAAGGACGACAAAGGAGUGAUCCAGGGACUUUUAAGUGUCUGCUAUCAAAGGUGCUCUCUGAUCCAGAUGUACAAUGGUCUCUACUGACUUGUCUCAUGAAAGGAUUCCGAGGAAACACACUUUAAUAUGUCGAUGCCGCUACUUUGAAAAGGCUAAGGCAGUGAAUUGGCACUGGAAAAAUUCUUUUACUUAUUAGCUCAGUGUAAUGUGAUGGUAUUAAUCGAUGUGGUGUUGAGCACAUCGGGGCGAAGCACCGUCUGUUUUACUUGGUUAAGAAAGGUUUUAAAGCUAAGUAACGCAAACCAAGGGGCGGUCUGGAUUUUAAAAAAUCGGAGGAUUCAGCGAUGCAUCGGUGACUACACACGUGACUGACCUGUCAGACAUUGUUGAGUAUUAGGUAUGUAAUAGCGUAGCAGUCUCCAUCUUGGGGUUUGUGGGUGAAUUACUGAGUAGCAAUGGAUUGAAAUUAUUUACAAUGUAUUCAGUGGAACCUGUCUUGUUGAACGAGUCUCUUGCUUUCAAUGGCUAUCAAAAGUCUGAGGGAUCAACGUUUGUUUGCCGUCACUUUUGUUUUUAAUGAUGUUCUGAUGGAGAAUAUGUUUUGAUAGCUGCGAAACGUAAGGAAAAGAAUUCCGAGAUCAUUCAGAGCAGUGGCCUUUUUGUUUGAGAGCGUUAUAAUAUGAAUAUUAGAUCAAGGUCACUUGGAUUUGAUUCUCGGUGACAUGAGGCAAUGAAAUAUAUACAUCACCAUUUCAAUUAUGCUUUUUGUCCAAUGUUGAUUUGCACAGGAUUAGCCAGUGGUGUUUCACAUGUCCUGUGCCUUUUUUUCCUUUUAAUCCCCCCCACACACACACACACACAGACACAGGUGCCAUCAUUUACCAGCUGUGUGAAGGCCAAUUGCUGUCUCUCCUUUCCCACAGAGAAUACAUGCAGUUUAAACCUGUAGCGUCACCAGAGACUGCAGUGUUUUCCCCCCACAAUCAGGUUGGAAGAAAAUGUUUGCAAGGCAAUACUGUUGCAUUCACAGAUCAGGAGAUCACUUGCUGCACCAGUUUCCUCUCCCGACCACCACGUAGAACAAAAUGUAACAGGGCUGUUAGGCACAUGUAACCGCUUGAAUCCGAGAUGGCUGACAAAUUCCUAUACUCAUUGAAUGUACUGUAUUACUGUUUUUAAAGAUAGGAUGAGCUAAUCUAGUCACCUUUUGUUAUUGGUCCUUGUUUAAUUUGUCUAAGGUAUUUUUUGUAUACAAAGGUUUACAUUUUUAUGUAUAUUUUUCUUGUGUACAAAAUAUGUAAUAUGUGUACAAACACUGUAUGUAAUAUCUGUAUAUAGCGUGAGAAAUUUGAUCUUUUGUUUUUGGAUGUAUAAAUAAAAACUUGCUGUGAGGUAUUUGCUGACA